AUGGGUAACAGUAAUCAGACCGGAGACAGCGCGACUCUCACGGAGCCGUCUGUACAGUCAACAGCUCGAGACAUAUCAUCAGCUCGGCAACUUCGUCGUACUUCGUCGACUGCACAUGCACAUAAACACCUCUAUCGCAUUCAUCCCGAGCAUGUCGAGGAUAGUUCUAAGCUAACUGUUACCACGUGUCAGCCGUCAUCGGUAGAGAAAGAUUCUUGCAUUCAGUUACCCCCUGAUAAUCAACGAAGAAGUAAAAGGGCUUUUUCUUUCUCAGAGAAACGAAUAAAAGCUUCUUGGUUAGAUCAAAAUUCAGCAACCCAUGAACAACAAUCUGUCAAAACACACCGUGAAAAACGUCAUCAUCAAUGGUUUCGACAUCAUGAUCAACCUGAUUAUUAUAGUAUUUAUUAUCAACUAAAUGACAAACCAUUCGCAAUACGUCGCCGUGAAUCUAUUAAAAAUGAACAAGGAAACCAAGAGAAAAAGAAACAUCCAAUGAUAGCGUUUGCUGAACAGGAUACGACAUCAAAGCGAGAUCAGAUCUAUGUUUGA